UUUGACUGUAUAUUAACUAAGAAUGCUUGGUCUUUUCACAUCUCAAGUGGAGAAUUAUAUUCCCAAUACUCCGAUUAAAUUUACCCCAAGGGCUGAAGGCGAGCCAACCACUACUCUUCCCGACCUCAUAAAAUCAAAAGUUCCCGAGCUCGCCAAGGGAUACUCGUACUUUAUAAAUCCCGUAUUGUCAUCAGGCCAUGCCCAAACCGCGUACACUGCAUUAAACAAAUUCGCCAACCUGUUCCAUGUUCAUUACAAGCGCCGUAUCCUAACCGUGGAAAACAAGACGUAUACACUUCCCACUGGUGAGAAACUCAAGUACGAUCAGUGGGAGGGGGAAACCACAAUUGCGUUAGACUACGCCUUGCAAAGCCAUCAAAAUUCCGACCCGGAACAUGUGUGGUACAAGCCAAGUUCUCAGACGAAGGAACUACCACCAAGAACCGAAUACAUGAAUCCAGAAUUAGAACCAACCAUCAUCGACAACAGCGAUGAUAAGCCUUUGCUUAUUGUGUUGCAUGGGCUAUCCGGUGGUUCCUACGAGGCAUAUAUCCGAGCAGUAUUAGACAAGAUCAUACUUGAUCCAUUCAAUUUCGACGCUAUAGUGUUGAACUCGCGUGGAUGUGCCAAUCAUACAAUCACCAGUCCGCAAUUAUACAACGGAUUAUGGACUAAUGAUUUGCGAUAUGUCAUGAAUGAACAUGUGUCUAAAUUGUGGCCCAACAAACGUGUUUACCUUAUGGGGUUCUCCUUAGGUGGGGCGAUCUUAGCUAACUAUUUAGGACAAGAAGGUGAUGCCGUGUCGAAACAAAUCAAGGGGGCAUGUGUAUUAGGAACCCCCUGGGAUUUCCCUGAUAGUGCUAUUCAUUUACGUGAGAGUAUCAUUGGCCAUAAUGUCUAUUCGCCAACCAUGUGUAGCAACUUGCUAAAGCUUUUAGACUCGCAUGGUCUUCUCUUGAGUCAAGAACUUGUCAAACACUUUAAGGAUAAUCCUGAUCAAUACAAUAUUAAAUUCUUGAAACAAUUUGACAACUACUUCACCGCCAAACUAUUUGGAUUGAACUCGGCCGAUGAAUAUUACAGAUUAGCAUCCCCAGUGCAAAGAUUAAUGAAAGUCAGGGUUCCUACUGUAAUUAUCAGUUCUCGUGAUGAUCCAAUUACAGGAUACAGAACCUUGCCUGUGUCAGAAGUAGAAUUGAACCCUUAUUGUACCUUGGUUACAACUACGGUCGGUGGUCAUUUGGGUUGGUUUACCGUGACCGGAGAUAGAUGGUAUACUACACCUGUCUGUCGUUUGUUCACUGAGUUGGAUAAGUAUAAUGUUGAUCAUGCUAGUGUGACUGAAAAAGAUUUACCUCGUGAUAUCUCCACUAGUUGGAAAUAUGAUCGCUUGGUGAAUGAAAUGUUGGUUGAGUAAAAAUAUGGAGAAAAAAAAAAAAAAUAAACUCAACUUUAUAUAACUAGAUAGAUUCUUUGCAUAUGAAAAAUGACUAAUACCCCUAAUAAUAUACUAGAGAGUGCUGGCAGUAGUAUAUCUACUACUAAUACAUCUAUAACAGUCAGGCCGAAUCAGCAAUCCACCACAAACAAUAGCAGCAACAACAACAACAACAACACCAACAGCAACAACAGCAACACUUCCCUAGCAUCGACAUACAAAUGGGUACGAAAACUACGAACGCUUCCAUCAAACCCCAAGUCAAAUGAUUUCCUCAAAUUAGAUUACAUUGAGGUGAACUUGAACAAUUCACGAAAAUUGAUUGCUAAUGUAUUGAAGAUGUCGCAUACCAGUCAAGAAUAUACCGACUGUUUGGAUUUGCAAAUUGGUGGCAACCUAGUACAAUUGACUCAGGUAAAGAAGGAACUAGAUUGGUUGGAUGAUAUUUAACCUGUAGUCAUAUACUAGUCUUACAACUGUUAAUUUGAUUAGCUAAUAUUUGUGUGGUGGAAAUAAUAAUUCUUGCCACUGGAAUUCCAUUGAAAAAUGUGUACCACCCGUAAAACACCCCUACUUGGACAUUCCCCAAUUCUACAAAACUAUCAAUGUCUAUGUGUAUAAGUAUAUAAUAACCUGUUACCCUAUCUAUUAUUUCUAUUAACCAGAUCAUCAGUAUCACUGAAAUCUGUCAUUGCAAUAGCAACAUCCUCCAAUUUAUUAUAUUGUCCAUUCCUCUCUAUAUCCUCAGGACCAUCAUCACUAGCACUUUGGUUAUCCAAAGGCUUGAACUUCAUAAUGAUGAUGGCGUUUCCGACAAUCAACAUCAUUCCUAAAAACGAUAAAAAUUCAGGCAAAUGACCCCAAACGGUCAAAUCCCAAAAUAAUGCAAAUACCAUACCGGAAUAGGCCAUAAUUGCUGCUCGGGAGGCCUUGACUCGUUGAAUACCGGCAGUAAGCGAAAACUGCAUAAAGAAACCAGAAAUCCCAAUAACCAUAAAUAAAAACCAUUGAUAGCCAUCAGCAGGCAAUACAAAGGAUAAUGAUGGGAUAACCAAAAUUGCAAAAAAUGUAAUUAUGCAGCAACAUAAGGAAAAAUAACUCACAGAUAACAAUGGAUGAAUGUCCUUACCUAUCUUUCGCAACACUACAUAAACACUCAGGACCCCAAAAACACCCAAUAGCCCAACAACAGUGGCAAUGACUCUCUUUUCGGUAGACCCAGACUCGGUAGCUUCAUCCAACUCCGACGUUUCUGCAUCAGAUAUCACCCCAAAUAUGAACGAAGGUUUUGCAAUCAAAAUAACCCCACCGAAUGAAACAACCGAACAUACUGCUUCCAAAAUAGAAUAACUUUCUCCAAGAACUAUAAACGCCAAAAAAGCGGUAACCAUAGGAGCUAAAAACGUGAUCCCCACCGCAUCAGAAACACUCAAAUAUUGCAAAGAAAAAUACAACCCAAACACCCCGAAAAAUCCAAGUAACCCCCGCAUAAUCAAUAAUGUACGAACCUUUUUCGGUCCAAAGGGAGCUUCUGGGAUCGACCUUGUUACUCCCAUAUAUAUCAAACAUAGCACAUACGUAAUCAACAUACGGAUGAACAAGAUUUGCAAAGGGUGAAUCGGCACAUUUGAAUCCUUAUCAGUAACCAACAAUUUACAACUAGCAAUCAUAAUCGAAUUGAGGAAAUGCGAUAAUAGUAACAAACAUAACCCAGAAUUGGGAAGUAUAUAUUGAUUGUACUUGGUCCUCAUUUUGCCAAUGAAUGAACUGGGACCAGUGCUUAUUAUCGACGAUGACGUCUCCCAAGCACUUUCAUGGAAUCGGUCAAACGAGUUUUUCUUUUGUUCGACACCAACAUCUUCUCCCCACGUGGGUGCAACUGAGUCUCUUUGUUGCUCUUCUAUAGCAUCGCCUCUUAGUAUAGACCCAUUACGACUACCUGUUUCCAUUGGAGUAGACAUGGUGAUGGCAAAAAGAU